AUAGUCGUUUAGUACGUUUUCAAUUAGCUCAAGGUGGUGUUGGUGGUGACCCGUUGCACAAUGCACCAAUAUCAUCUAGAAAUGAAUAUCAAACGUUGACAUCAUUUCAUCGUGGUGAUGUUGUUGACAAUGAUAACAGUAAUAAUGAUAAACAGUUAAAUAAAACAACUACACCAAUUUUAUUUUCAAAUUGGAUUAAAUCGGAUCAACAUGAUCAAUUGAAUGAAUCAUUGCCGAAUUCAUAUGAUCAAUUCAAUGGUAAAACCUCAUUGAAUACAUCAAAAUUGAAUAGUUUCAAUCCUAGCAAACAGAAUCAUACACUUACUACUAACAACAAUCAUAAUAGUAGUAUUAGUCAUAAUAAUAACAGUAACAAUAACGUGAUGUUCCCAGACUUUUUUCAAUUACAACCACUGAUGACAAAUUCUCAAUUAUCGAAUAGUCAUCAUAAGCAUGAACUGCCAUCACGUGAGAAUUCAUGUCAAUCUGAUGAAUUUUACAUGUCCACAUUUAAUUCUAAUAAAAAAUUUACUAAACCGGAUGGUAAUUUAAUAUUCACCAAUAAUAAUAAUCAUGUUAAAACACCGGAAUGUAUGCAUCAUUUACCCAAUUGUAAUCGUACUCCUAAUGAUAUGAAUAAAUCACCGGAAAAAUCAAUAAUAGAAGAGAAAAAAAUCAAAUCUACACGUCCACCAAAAAUGGUAACAUUGAUUUCACCGAAAAAGGAAUCACCAACAGCAAAAGAGAAUAUCAAUGAUAUAAUACAUGAGUUUUAUACAACAGAUAAAAUUACUACACCAAAUACUACUACUACUAACACUCCUACUACUAGUAGUAGUAGUAUCAUCAAUAAACCAUUAAAUGCUGAAGUACAAUUUUAAUUCAAAAUUUACACACGUCACUGAUUCAAAGUCCAAUUUAGUCGAUGCGUGAAAUUUGAAUUUUCUUCUUGUUGUAAUUAAUACAGAUUUCCAAA